GGGAGACCACGAGCUUUGGUUUCUCUUUGGGCAGUGGGGCCCUGUGCAAAGCAGGAAGCUAGAGCUGAGAAGCUGUCAAUCACGUCACAGAGGGGAGACGGAUACAAGGCAACAGCCAUAAAUCAUCCACCGUGGCGAGAGGAAUGCAAGAUGCUGCUGUCACUGCUGCUGCCAAACACCCCAGGUACCUGCUCUCCUGCGCUCACCAUGACAGCCCUGUGGCUGACCUUGCUCCUCAUGCCCACCUCCCAUCUGCUUCAAAUCCACCCAGACAUGAGUCCACCCAUCACGAACCUCAGGAUGGAAGCAAAACCUGACAGGCUGACCUGGGACCUCCAUGGAAAUGCAACCAAUAUUAAAUGCAUCAAAGACUCCAAGCAAAUCCUGAAGGCGGAGCAGGACAGGUACUGUGAGUACCACGCACUCUCCCUGUGCAAAGUCAGCAAUUACACCGUGCGCGUUGGCAAUCCGCCUUUCUCCACGUGGAUCCUGUUCCCUGAGCCAGACGGCGACUCUGAGGCCGCGGCCAAGAACCUGACUUGCUGGGUGCACGACAUGACUGUGCUCACUUGUCGCUGGGCUGUGGGCAGGGCGGCCCCGCGCGGUGUCCAGUACCGGCUCUCCUGGAGAGUAGGGAGCGGCAAGGACCUUGAGUGCCCGCGCUACCACGUAGACGAGCGCGGCGUGCGAGUCGGCUGCCGCUGGGAUGAUGUCUCCAGGUACCAGGGCGGGUUCCUGGUGCAGGUGCAUGGCGCAAGCGCAGGAGCCCGUAUCCCCUGCAAGGAAGACAUGGUGGAUUUCUUCCAGCAGGAGAGAUUGAGUCCGCCAAAUGUCACCAUAAGGUGCAAUCUCACCCAUGCUUUCCUGGAGUGGAAGAACGUGAGCCAUUUCAACCGCAGAGUCCGUUACCAGCUGAGCAUACAGAGGGGCCAAGGAGCUCCUGUGGAGCAAAUUUUCCGAGACAACGUGAAUUCGUUGGACCUCCUCCAUCCAGGGACUUUCGUGGUGAGAAUCAGAGCAGAGGCAUACCUCGCAGGCAUACGCAGUGACUGGAGCGCACCCCAGCGCUUUGUGUGCGACUCUGCAGGGGACACCUUGAGCCGUGUCUGGUGGGCAGCUCUGCUGAUUGCCCUGGCGAUGCUUCUGGCCCUGCUGUUCAUGUUCCUGCUGUGCAGACGGUUCUCGGUGGUGCAGAAAAUCCUCCCUCCUGUGCCUAACGUGAAAGACCCCCUGUGGGACCUCGGGCAGAACUACAAGCUGGUGGUCUGGGACAUUGGCCAACCCAGCCCAGAGGACUGUCCUGUGGCCCAGGUACAGGUGCAGGAGACGGCUUGAAGCGCCUGCCCAAGGCCCGGCCCAGCUUGCCUCGCCUGGUUCCCCAGUUUCCCCUCAAUAGUUGCAAGGAGCUGCCUUGGAAAGCUUGGUACUGUGUGCACUCCCUCAGUUAAGUGGUUUUUCUGCCUCUCGCUGGGUGGACGCAGCCCAAUUACCCCCAGGAGUCCUCUUCCAGAUCCUCUGUUAAUGGAGCCCAGGUCUCUGCCUAACCUGGACACCACGCCUGCAUCCCUUAUGGGCGCCGUAUUCUAGUCCCAGCUGCUCCUCUUCCAGUCCAGCUCUCUGCUGUGACCCGGGAAUGCAGUGGAGGAUGGCCCAAGUACUUGGGCUCCUGCACCCGCGUGGGAGACCAGGAGGAGGCACCUGGCUCCUGGCUUCGGAUCGGUGCAGCGCCAGCCAUGGAGGCCAUUUGGGGAGUGAACAAACAGAAGGAAGACCUUUCUCUCUGUCUCUGUCUCUCACUAUCUAACUCUACCUGUCAAAUAAAAAAAAAUUAAAAAAAGAAAAUAACAAAGUCAUCAAAAUGCAUGAAUAAAAAUAAGCAUAAAUAAUAUGGUAUAA